AUGGCGGUGCGACAGGCACUGGGCCGAGGCCUGCAGCUAGGCCGAGCGCUGCUGCUGUCCUUCACGACCAAGCCUGGUCCGGCCUGCUGCUGGGGACGGGUCGGGAGGCCAGGCCCGGCGGCGUGCUGGGGCCGAGGAGAGCGACCGGGUCCGGCCCUGGGGCCCAGUGCGGAGCCCCGCCGGCUGGGGCUCCCCGACCGCUACCGCUUCUUCCGCCAGUCAGUGGCCGGGCUGGCGGCGCGGCUCCAGCGGCAGUUCGUGCUGCGGGCCAGGGGCGGCGCGGGCCCUUGUGGCCGGGCGGUCUUUCUGGCUUUCGGGCUGGGAUUGGGCCUCAUCGAGGAGAAGCAGGCCGAGGGGCGAAGGGCUGUGUCGGCCUGUCAGGAGAUACAGGCGAUUUUCACCCAGAAAAACAAGCUGCUGCCUAACCCACUGGACAAUAGACGCUGGCAGGGCUUCCGCCUGGAGGAGUAUCUUAUAGGGCGAUCUAUUGGCAAGGGCUGCAGUGCUGCUGUGUAUGAAGCCACUGUGCCCACGGUGCCCCAGAAGCUGAAAGGAGCAGAGAGCUCCAGGCUGCUGACAAGAAGAGAACCCGAUGUCAUUCCACAGGGGGAAACUGAGGAGAGCACAUCCCAGCCCCCGGCCUUUCCCUUAGCCAUCAAGAUGAUGUGGAACAUCUCGGCGGGCUCUUCCAACGAAGCCAUCUUGAGCACAAUGAGCCAGGAGCUGGUCCCAGCGAGCCGAGUGGCAUUAGCCGGGGAGUAUGGAGCAAUCACCUACAGAAAAUCCAAGGGAGGGGUCAAGCAGCUGGCGCCUCACCCCAACAUCAUCCGGGUUUUCCGCGCCUUCACCUCGUCUGUGCCGCUGCUGCCAGGGGCUCUGGUUGACUACCCUGAUGUGCUGCCCCCACAACUCCACCCUGAUGGCCUGGGCCAUGGACGGACGCUUUUCCUUGUUAUGAAGAACUAUCCCUGUACCCUGCGCCAGUACCUCCGCACAGCCACCCCAAGCCCCCGCCUCGCCACUGUGAUGACCUUGCAGCUCCUGGAAGGGGUGGAUCAUCUGGUCCAACAGGGCAUUGCACACAGAGACUUAAAGUCUGACAACAUCCUUGUGGAGUUUGAUGCUGAUGGCUGUCCCUGGCUGGUGAUCACUGAUUUCGGUUGCUGCCUGGCAGAUGAAAGCAUCGGCCUGCAGUUGCCUUUCACCAGCUGGUAUGUGGAUCGGGGUGGAAACGGCUGCCUGAUGGCUCCUGAGGUGUCCACCGCCCGUCCUGGCCCCAGGGCAGUGAUCGACUACAGCAAGGCAGACGCCUGGGCUGUGGGAGCGAUUGCCUAUGAGAUCUUUGGACUCUCCAAUCCCUUUUACGGCCAGGAUCAGACCCACCUGGAAAGCCGUAGUUACAAAGAGGCCCAGCUGCCAGCACUGCCCGAGUCAGUGCCUCUGGAUGCAAGACACCUAGUGAGAGCACUGCUCCAGCGAAAGGCCAGUAAGAGACCAUCUGCCCGAGUAGCUGCAAAUGUGCUUCAUUUAAGCCUCUGGGGUGAACACAUCUUAGCCCUGAAGAAUCUGAAAUUGGACAAGAUGGUUGGCUGGCUUCUCCAGCAGUCAGCUGCCACUCUGUUGGCUGACAGGCUCCCAGAGAGGAGUUGUGUGGAAACAAAAAUGAAGAUGUUAUUUCUAGCCAACCUGGAGUGUGACGCCCUGUGCCAGGCAGCCCUUCUCCUCCACUCCUGGAGAGCAGCCCCUUGA